AUGAGGCUUUCUUCUUCUUGUAGGGACUACCUAUUGGCUGUGAUCAUGGGCGACGCCACUGGAAGGCUGAUGAAAUAUGAUCCCAAAACCAAGAAGGUGACGGUGCUCAUUAGAAGCCUCGCCUUCCCUAAUGGGUUGGCGAUAAGUAAUGAUAACACCUUCCUUCUUAUUGCCGAGACCAGCACUUGUAGGGUUCUCAAGUACUGGCUGCAGGGGCCAAGGACCGGAACCUUCAAAGUCUUUGCAGAACUCCCAGGUUACCCUGACAACAUUAAGAGGAACCCGAGGGGAGAAUUCUGGGUAGCACUCAACCAGGACAAGCUUCAGUUAAAUGGCCAAACAACCCUAGAGCAGCAUCCAGUGGCAUUGAGGCUAAGCCAGGAGGGAAAGGUGUUAGAGGUGCUGGAGGGAGGGCCAAUGACCUCCAUCAGUGAAGUGGAAGAGAACAAUGGAACUAUAUGGUUUGGCUCAGUAGAUAUGCCUUAUGUUGGCGUUUACAAGCUUUAGUCCAUUAAGCUUUGUUUGUAGUUGGAAACUGCUACUACUGAAAGAUAUAUUC